GGAGGUUUGGUUGAGUUUGUGGGCAGCAGUGUGUGAGAGAACCGGCUGACUGACUGGGGAGUGAAAAGCAUAGGUGUGAGAAAUUUCCUGGAUUUAGAAAUGCCGGAGCUUCAUGUCAGAGGAGAUUGAUGCGGAGACGAUCAUGUCGACUGUGGAGGGAUGCCUUCGGCAGACGGCGUCAGAGCAGAGUUGUAAAGGAAUUUUGUGACCGAGGCAAGCCUAGAUAGCUGAGGCACUUGAGGGAGGAACACCAGCCCCUUACCCUUCACCCCUGCCCCAUCCCCUCCCCCUCGAGAAGCCAUGGCGCCUCGUAAGCGUGGCGGCGGAGGCCGGGGCGUGUCCUUUAUCUUCUGCUGUUUCCAGAGCAAUGACCACCCGGAGAUCACCUACCGGCUGCGUGAAGACUUCGUCCUGCAGACCAUGGAGCCCACGCUCCCUAUUCCCAGCUAUGAUGAGCUGGACGGCAUGUUCUCUGAGCUUGUGGAUGAGCUGGACCUCACAGAGAAGCACAGAGAGGCCAUGUUUGCAUUGCCUGCAGAAAAGAAAUGGCAAAUCUACUGCAGCAAGAAGAAGGAACAAGAAGAAAAUAAAGGUGCUACAAGCUGGCCAGAGUACUACAUUGACCAGCUCAAUUCAAUGGCAGCUAGAAAGACGCUUCUGGCUCUGGAGAAGGAGGAAGAAGAGGAACGCAACAAGACCAUAGAAAGCCUAAAAACCGCACUGCGGACACAACCUAUGAGGUUUGUUACUCGUUUUAUAGACCUGGAUGGUCUAACAUGCAUCCUGAACUUCCUGAAGAGCAUGGACUACGAGACCACGGAGUCCCAAAUUCACACGUCCCUCAUCGGCUGCAUCAAAGCGCUGAUGAACAACUCGCAGGGCCGAGCUCAUGUGCUCUCUCACCCCGAGAGUAUUAACAUCAUUGCUCAGAGCCUGGCCACUGAGAACAUUAAGACCAAGGUAGCCGUGCUGGAGAUCAUGGGAGCUGUGUGUCUGGUGCCUGGAGGUCAUAAGAAGGUUCUAGAGGCUAUGCUGUACUACCAGAAGUUUGCUUGUGAACGGACACGGUUUCAGAUGCUUCUAAAUGAUCUGGACAGAAGUACAGGGCGGUACAGGGAUGAGGUUAGCUUGAAAACGGCCAUCAUGUCCUUCAUUAAUGCUGUUCUGAGCCAGGGAGCUGGAGAGACCAGUCUUGAGUUCAGGGUACAUUUGAGAUACGAGUUCCUCAUGUUGGGGAUUCAGCCGGUCAUCGAUAAACUCAGGUCACAUGAAAACUCAACAUUAGACCGGCAUUUGGAUUACUUUGAAAUGCUAAGAAAUGAAGAUGAACUGACUUUAUCCAGACGCUUUGAGAGUAUACACGUAGACACUAAAAGUGCAGGUCAGGUGUUUGACCUCAUACGCAAGAAGAUGACUCACACAGAUGCAUACCCGCACUUUAUGUCCAUACUGCACCACUGCUUGCUCAUGCCAUAUAAGAGGAGCGGAAACACAGUGCAGUACUGGCUGCUUCUCGACCGCAUUGUCCAACAGAUGGUCCUUCAGAAUGACAAAGGUCAUGACCCGGAUGUCACACCUUUAGAAAACUUUAACGUCAAGAAUGUGGUUAGAAUGCUUGUCAAUGAAAAUGAGGUCAAACAGUGGAAAGAACAGGCCGAAAAGAUGCGGAAAGACCACCAAGAGCUCCAGCAGAAGUUAGAGAAGAAGGAACGGGAGUGUGAAGUCAAAUCCCAAGAAAAAGAAGACAUGAUGCAGACGCUCAACAAGAUGAAGGAGAAGCUUGAGAAAGAGUCAGGAGAACACCGGCUGGUUAAGCAGCAAGUGGUAGAGCUUAAUGCCCGCCUACAUGAUCUCAGCACGAGGCAGGUAGCUGUUGUACCUGGUGGUCCCCCAGUCAUCCCUGGACCUCCAGGUGGGCCUCUCGCCCCCCCACUUCCUCCUCCACCCCCAGGGGGAAUGAUGCCACCUCCUCCACCACCUCCACCCUGCGGUGCUAUGAUGCCCCCACCACCACCCCCUCCACCUGGUGCCCCUCCACCCCCCUUUGGACGCGCUGCUCUUGGUGGCCCACCGCCUCCUCCAGGAGCCCCUGUAGGCCCAGCUCUCAAGAAGAAGAAUAUUCCUCAGCCAUCAAAUCCACUGAAAUCUUUCAACUGGUCCAAGUUGCCUGAGAGUAAGCUGGACAGCACAGUGUGGGCUGAAGUUGAUGACAGCAAGGUUUUUAAAAUCUUAGACCUGGAAGACAUCGAGAAGACCUUCUCAGCGUACCAGAGACAACAGGACUUCUUUAUGGUCAAUAACAACAAACAGAAAGAGGCCGAGGAUGACACUUUAAGCUCUAAGAAAGUCAAAGAGCUCUCCGUUAUAGACGGCCGCAGGGCACAAAACUGCAACAUCUUGCUGUCGCGCUUGAAACUCUCCAAUGAGGAAAUUAGGAGGGCUUUCAUGACUAUGGAUGAACAGGAAGAUCUGCCUAAGGACAUGCUGGAGCAGAUGAUGAAGUUUAUCCCAGAGAAGAGUGAUGUGGAUCUGCUGGAGGAACACAAACACGAACUGGACCGGAUGGCCAAGGCCGAUCGUUUCCUCUACGAGAUGAGCAGAAUAAACCAUUACCAGCAGAGGUUACAGUCUCUGUACUUCAAGAAGAAGUUUGCAGAGAGGAUUGCAGAAAUAAAGCCCAAAGUCGAAGCUUUAAUUAAAGCCUCUAAAGAGGUUCUGCAGAGCCGAAACCUUAAGCAGCUCCUCGAGGUUGUUCUGGCAUUCGGGAACUACAUGAACAAGGGUCAGAGAGGAAAUGCUUAUGGAUUUAAAGUGUCCUCGCUCAACAAGAUCGCUGAUACCAAGUCCAGCAUUGACAAGAAUAUCACUCUUUUACAUUACCUGAUCACCAUCCUAGAGAAGAAGUACCCAAAAGUCAUGCAGUUCCAAGAGGAUCUCAAGAACGUGCCAGAAGCCGCUAAAGUCAAUAUGACCGAGUUGGAAAAGGAGAUCAACAACCUGCGCAGUGGCUUGAAAAAUGUGGAAAGUGAGCUGGAAUACCAGAGAAAUCGUCCACAAGAGAUAGGAGAUAAGUUCAUGUCUGUGGUCAGCCAGUUUGUUACACUCGCCAGUUUCAGCUUCUCCGAUGUAGAAGACUCCAUUAAUGAAGCCAAGGAACUGUUUAAUAAAGCAGUGAAACACUUUGGUGAAGACGCUGGGAAGAUGCAACCGGAUGAGUUCUUCGGCAUCUUCGACCAGUUCCUGCAAGCCUUCGGAGAGGCUCGGCAGGAGAACGAGAACAUUCGGCGACGCAAAGAGGAGGAAGAGCGCCGGGCACGCAUGGAGGCACAGCUAAAGGAGCAGCGGGAGAAGGAAAGAAAAGCCCGGAAGGCCAAAGAGAACGGAGAGGACAACGGGGGCGAGUUUGAUGACCUGGUGUCAGCGCUGCGCUCCGGUGAGGUGUUUGAUAAGGACCUGUCCAAGAUGAAGCGGAACCGCAAACGCAUAAACAGCCAAACCACAGAAACGGGCAGAGAGCGUCCCAUCACCAAACUCAAUUUCUGAGAUACAGCCAUUUUGACCAUUCGCAACGCUUAACCUUGUCGACGAAGGCCCAUUGCUUCAUGCGUGCUAUCCGUAACUGUUCUAUUCCUUCACUGCACAAUACGGCCUCAUAGUGGGGGAUGCUUGGAGAGCACUCAUUUGCAACAUCUUUAAAAAAACAUGGAAUUAUCGGCCUAAAUAUUUUGCCCUUUCUAACUCGGAGGACUUAAGUGGGCUGCUGGGUAGAACGCAGAAAGACGUGUUUAGACAUUUUAAGACUACGGCUGCCAAGAUGGUCUUUAUUAAAGGAAAUUGAGUUUUUUCCCUUGGUGCUGGAGCACUGAGAUUAUGCAAGACAAGAAAAAGUUGCUAGUCAAAUCUGGAUUUGACCCACGAUGAACACGAUGCAUGGGCACAACACAACAAUCUUCCCUCUUGUUUUCCACUGCAAGAACUUCCACAUUAUUCACAAAAACACCGACCACACAUCUUUAAAAACAAACACAACCACUGCGAGUCUUGUUCAUUGGCUCAUUCUUUAAACUGAGGCAUGGCAUGCAAAAUGGAACUUGUCUGUGUGUGUCUGGACCUGUUAUCUGGAGAUUAAGCAUAGGAUUUGGACUAAAAAAAGACCUCCAGUGGUGAAUCUACUGGCAAAAUAAUCUGUCAAGAUAAAACUUAAUCUCGGUGCAGAAAACAGACCUCAGAAGUUCGAUGCUAUACAGCUAAAUGGCAAUGCUUGUCUUUUUCUCUUAUUAUUAAGGACCAUUUUAUAUAGUAAGCUUUUAUUGAAUACUAAUAACAGUAACUAGGGUUAUGGGAUGUUUAAGUUGUUUAUUACAUCAUUGUAGAGAAUUGCAUUGGAUAUCAGACACAGGCUGGCUGAAGAUGAUUUUUAAAGAUAAGUUUUAAAUAAAGAGCUGGCCCAGGCCCACGUCAUAUCAAACACUGUGGAUGUUCCUUUGUGCAGAUUCUAUGCAUUUAUGUUGUUGGAUCUUUCGUCAGACACUUUGCAGACCGUCUUGUGAAAUCUAUAGACUUAUUUAAAAACAAACAUACCAGUAAGUAAAUCAAUGCAAGAGACUUUCCUUCAGCUCUUCCUUCAUCACUGGAUAUAUUCCAGUAUUUUUAUCCACAGUGUAUGUUGUGACAACGUGAUAUGCCUUCAUUGAACAUUUGUAAUUUAAAAAAAAAAUAAAAAGCCAUCUAUUGUUGCAAGAUGGAGCUUAAAGAAGAAUAAAUUGGAAAAAAAAUUGAAUGCUUUUUUUUUAGGUGGGUUUUUGUUAUAUUGAUAUUUUCUCACGUUAAAUGCUAAACAGUGUGCAAGAGGCAACCUUCAGUUCUGAAAAGAGUCCAAAGUGUCAAAACAUGCAGUUCCUUGAAUGACCAUUAGGUUAAAAAAUGGCUCUGAAAU